AUGGCAGAGUGUCGUCACUUUCAGGCUGCAGAUCUGCGGCCUCCGAGCUCGACCCAACCCGUGUACAGAGAGGACUGUACGCAGUGCUUUGAUUCGAUUGACGAUACAACGGGGUUGAAUGUUUGCCUUCAUUGCUUCAACGGCGGAUGCACGGGGGACAGGAAUCAUGCACAGCUUCACCACACACGCACAGGCCAUUCGCUGGCCCUCAAUAUCAGAAGAACAAGAAAGAAAGUUCAGCGGGAUGAGCCUCCUCAGAAGAUGUCUAAACUCGCUAUCCUAGCAGAAACCGAAGAAGACCGCUACGAUACAUCGAUGAGCGUUAUCUGUUAUGAGUGUCAAGUCGAGAACAGCGGUCAGCUGAGUGAGAGGCUUUCUACAGUGGUCGAAGGAGUGAUGAAGGCUUUGACUUUUUCAAAAAGAGAAGAAGUAAAAGCGUGGGAGCAAGAAUUUGUUCCCUGCGAGCACACUCUGUGCCUGAUACAGCUGGACCAAAGCAGUGUUGGCAAACAUGGUAAAUCAGUCUCUGCCCUGCGUUUAAAAAGCCGCGAAUCUCACAUCCAUCCAGAUCUGAAACAAUGUUCGAUGUGUGAGUUGAAGGAGAAUUUGUGGUUGUGCUUGGAAUGUGGAAACGUCGGUUGCGGCAGAAGUCAAUUCGGUGGUGUUGGGGGAAACUCCCAUGCUCUAGCCCAUGCUAAUUCCUCUUCUCACGGCGUUGCGGUUAAGCUUGGCUCCAUCACGCCCGAAGGUUCUGCCGACAUCUAUUGUUACACGUGUAAUGAGGAGAGGUUAGAUCCGAAUCUGGCGGCACAUUUGGGUCAUUGGGGAAUCAACAUUGCGGAAAGUGAAAAGACAGAAAAGAGUCUUAUGGAACUUCAAGUCGAACAGAAUAUGAAGUGGGAAUUUGCCAUGACAUCCGACGACGGGUCCAUAUUACAGCCAAUUUUUGGUCCGGGCUUCACGGGUCUGAAGAACUUGGGGAAUAGCUGCUACCUUGCAAGCAUCGUUCAGUGUUUAUUCGCACUCCCGGACUUCCAACAGCGAUACUUUCGUCUCGGCGAGGAGCCUCCUUUCGUUCAUAACCCUGCUGAGGAUUUUGAAACACAGAUGAAGAAGCUUGCUGAUGGGCUGCUAUCUGGAAGAUACUCCAAGCCUGAUUCUGAAGUUUCAGCUUCACCCGAUUCCGUCGAGGUUCCUCAUCAACGAGGACUUGCACCUGCAAUGUUUAAACAUCUCAUUGGCCGUGGCCACGAAGAAUUCUCUACGAUGAGACAGCAAGACGCAUUCGAAUUACUGCUUCACCUUUUCAAACUUAUUGCAUUAUCGAGGCAUACUGAUGGAUUGGCCAACCCAGUGCAUAGUUUCCGUUUUGUUCUUGAACAGCGCCUCCAGUGCCUUGAUUGUCGUAAAGUCCGCUACAAGUACGAUGAACAGGACAAUAUUUCCGUUCAGGUGCCUGCCCGCGCACUUAUCUCAGGAGGAAAUAUCUCGGAACAAAACAACGGAGCAUAUCAUUCAGUGACCCUAAAGGAAUGUCUCGAUACUUUCACUGGGGAGGAGAUCGUGGAACUGAAAUGCCCAGGUUGUGGGAGCAAUAAAGGCUUUAGCAAGCGGUCUCUUUUCAAAUCACUACCUCAGCAUCUCGUGAUAAAUGCACGUCGGUUUGAGCUAAUCAAUUGGGUUCCUACCAAGCUAAAUAUUCCGGUGGAAGUGAGCGAUGAAGACAUGGACUUGAGCACUUAUUUGUCCUCCGGCCCUCUCCCUACUGAAGAAAUGCUACCGGAAGAUGCCGAAACCGGUGCUCCAGCUUUCGUAGCCAAUCCAGAGUUAAUUGGACAACUGUUGAGCAUGGGAUUUUCACAGGUACGGUGUGAGAAUGCGCUGCAUGCAACAGGCAACUCCGAUGUGGAAAGUGCGAUGAAUUGGCUCUUCGCCCAUCUGGAAGACCCUGAUAUCGAUCAACCUGUGUCUAUGUCCAAUGAUACAAAGGCGGGCUCUGCAGGGCAUGACACUGAAAAAAUCCAGCAGCUCGGAGAAAUGGGCAUUGGUGCCAAACAAGCCGCAAAAGCCUUGUCGGCUACGGAUGGAGAUGUGAACAGAGCAUUGGACUGGGUAUUCAGCCAUCCCGAGGCUGCCAAUGACGAUGAUGAUGACGGCGAGGCCUCUAGGAAUUCGGAGACAGUGUCACCAUCAUCCCAAGAAAUACCCGGCAAGACAGAAUUGCCUGCGAAAUAUAGGCUACAGUCUCUUGUCUGCCACAAAGGGGGCUCACUCCAUGCUGGACACUAUGUUGCUUUCAUACACAAAAUCUUGCCUGAUAGUACUGAACCUUCCUGGGUCCUGUAUAACGAUGAGAAAGUCGUGAAAGCUGGAAACUUUGAGGAGAUGAAGCAAUAUGCCUACGUGUAUUUCUUUUCUAGAACUGGAGCAAGCAAAGCAUGA